AUGUCUUCCAAGAAAUCCACCAUCGGAAAAUCAGUACUUGUAGGUGAUAAAGGAGUAGGUAAAUCAAGUUUAAUCCUAGUUUUAUCUGGUUUUCAAUUCCCCCCAACAUCCCCCGCAAUAUUUGAAACUCACACCACCGAUAUCACAAUCGAAGAAGCAUCACUUAGAAUUGUAUUUCAUGAUACACCAACCCUGGAUCCUAAUUAUGAAACCUUAAGACCUUUGGUAUAUCCCAACACUAAUACUUUUUUGAUUUAUGUGCCUGUUAUUUUGGUAGGUUGUAAAGUUGAUUUACGUAAUGAUGCUGACAUUAUUGCGAGAUUGAAAGAAAAUGAUGAAAUGGUUGUUAGUGCGGAGCAAGGGUUGAAGGUUGCUAAAGAAAUUAAGGCAGUUGAAUAUAUAGAAUGUUCUGGUAGGACAAAUCAAGGAAUUGAGGAAUUGAUUGAAGCUACUGGGGUGUCGAUAUUGAGGGAAAAGAAGGGUUGUAGAUUGACGCAUUGUUGUAUUCUCUAG